AUGUCAAGACCCAAUAUAUCCUACCCUACUCCUAUACCUGGUCCUUCCACUUCCACACCAUCAUCGACCUCGUCAUCCUACGACGCAAACGCAAGACCGAAUAUGGGUUUGGAUCCUAGUCCUAUAGGUAGAGAAGCUGGUGGGAAUGGACAUGGCCAGGGUGGUGGUUCCAGUCAACCCCCUAGGAGGUCGAGUGGAUCGAGUAGAUCAGCCGGCCAGUACACUUCUGCUCUAGAUUCCUCCAUCACUAGAUUACUGGUCACUACAAAGCAGCUAUUGCAAGGGUUAGAACAAUGGUCGCAAGCUCUGAUAUCAGAGACUGAUGUCAGCGAUAUCUAUGUGAGAUUAGGGAAUGGUUUUGAGGUUUGUAUACAGGCAUUCCACAGAGCAGGAAUACCAACUCACGAACUCGACGCAAUACCCCAAGAUUUACGAGCAUGUUUAGAGCAAUGUCUAUCUUACGACCAGAAUCACGAAACGUUAGAAGUGUACCUCCCUGAGAUCCGUCAGAUCAUAUAUAACCUGCUUCAUGGAUUGAAGCAGAAACAAGCGGCGUACAAGAGGUUGAUACAAGAUCGACAGAGGAAUGAUCCAUCUCCGGCAGUAGUCAUGCCCACGGCUCAGCCGACUGGAACUGCUCCAUCAGCUGGAUAUCAACAACGAAAACCGUCGAAAGGAGAGGUAAUCCCAAUUCCGCCACCCGAGACUGAUCAUAGGAUGACGCACAAAUCAGGUGGAUCAACCAGCUCGACCAGUCCAGCUUCUCAACAUUCAAAUUUACCUGGUACCAAAGUACCUUCAUCAUCAGCUCUAGCGGAAAGAGGGAAUAAUCGGACUGGUCUGCCUAGUAGACCCGCACCUCCAGAUGCCUUUCGUCCACCACGUAUGAGGGCUCCCGAGCAGACUCAUCAACAUAAACGAUCAGCUUCAUCCGUUCCCAUGCAACAAGAACGGGUAAGACACCAACUUAUUGACAAUCCUGUACCAGCUGCACCUUCACCUCCACCGACUAUUCAAGUCCAUAAUUUACCAUCGAGCAAACCCCCUCCCAGACCAGAUAGAUUCAGCAGAGAUAGUUAUAGCUCUCAGAGGCCGGUUUCGAGGUUCUCGGCGGAUUCGGAUAUCACCAAUGGAUCUCCCAUCAGAUCACCUCCAAUUGGAAGUCCAGCAAAACAGCAUGAACAAUUGCCUCAAAAUACAACUGAGGAGUCCUCGAACCAGCAACAUCCCAUCCCACCCUCUUUACCCGUUCUCAACCUUCCAGCAGGCCUCGAUCUGCCUGACGAGCCUCAACAUCCGGCUCCUACACCUCCGGCCCCAGUUUCCGGUCAGUCCAUGGAUGGAUUACCGGAUGUACCUCCAGAAACGCGAGCGACUCUCGCUGCUUUGCAGAGAUCUGAUGCGUUAGAGAGAAGAGCGUCAAAGCGAUUCUCGAGCUAUACAUUCAACAAGAUGUUACCUGGUUCUCCAGGGAAGAAGUCAGGUAUCGGUAGUCCCCAGAGACCUACAAGGAGGGCAGAUCGACCACCACCCAUGCCAGCUUUGCCUGAAUCGCUUACCAAUGCUGCUCUAAGCAAAGCUGUAUCUGCUGACGCAGAUCCACUCAUCUCGCCGACUUCCACUGCACAUUUACAAGCUAAUGGCGAGUUGGGCAGACCCACCACGCCCACUGGUGAUAUACUGUCAGAUGAUCAAUCUGAUCGAUCAGUCCGAGUGGUCAAGACUCCCGAUCCGGAUGAUAUAGGUCAAAAUGCUACUCCCAGACCUCGUUCAUCAGUUUCUGCUCCAACGAGCGUAUCGGUUUUCCUACAGAUUGGUAGACAGGUGAAGAAAGCCACGGUGGAUUUACCUGUCAGUAUGUCCAAUCUGAGAUUACUCUUCAUGGAGAGAUUCGAAUAUGAUCCGGGGAUGGAGGAUUUUCCGGAUGUGUAUAUAAGGGACAAUAGGACGGGAGUACAAUUUGAAUUGGAGGAUAUGGAAGAACUGAAAGAUGGUUGUGUGCUGAACUUGAACAUCGAGCCCCUUGAUCAAGUGAAACAGCAUUUCGAUACUACCUUCGCGAGUCUGAUGCAGGAAAUAAAAGAUAUGAAGAAGACUAUCGAUUCUACCCGACGACACUCUAUGACACCUUCGCCCUCCUUACUUGCUGUAUCGCCAUCUGCUCAAAUGUCUCGUCCAUCCACCAUGGUCCGUCGACCAUCUUCAGAAAGCAUAGCUCCUUCUUCAUCCACUACCGCCGUUCCCACCGGUCCGCGUCCGGGAUCGCCCUCACCUCGAAGCGGUCUUGUCAACCUCACCCCAGAGAAAGAAGCUGAAUUGCAAAAACAGCAUGACGAGCUACAAUCCCUUCGAAGAGACCUAGCGGUCAUGCGUCAACUUCACGUUGAUUUCCUAAAUGAGACGAAAGAAUCAUUUGGGAAAUUACGAACUCAAAAUUCAGCUAUGAGGGAUGUAGUCAAAACCAAGAUGGGAGGUAAUAGGGCUUUGUUAGAUAAUUCAAAGACGAAACUUGAAUCACAAUGUCAAGAUACGAUCCAAUCCGUCGAGGAUGUUUCUGAUCUCAUUGAUAAAGCCAGAGAAGAUGCUUCCAAGAGAUACGUCACUCCGUCAAAAUCACAGAUGAACACUAUACAAAAUGAUUUGGAAAAAGCUAAGAAAUUAGUCGGUCAGUUAAGUUCGGAUGUUCAAUUGGCUGAUCCUAUGUGGAGAGCAACUUGGCAAAUUGAAUUACAUCGAGUGAUGGAAGAACAAAAAUUGUUAAGUUAUCAAAUUAAAUUAUGUACGGAUCUAAAGAAGGAUUUAGAUGAUGUUGAAGUUAUAUUUGGUAAUGUGAAGGAUUUUGUCACUCAAAGAACAAUAAACGGAGGAAGGGUAGCAUCGUCUGGUAAAGCUUUUGUGAAACCUGACUCGACCGAAGGAGAAAAUACCGAGGGGGGAAUCGGUAAUUUGUUAAUGGAAAUCCGAACUAAAGAAGGUGAUCCGAAUUCAAGAUUAAAAGCUAUUGAACAACAGCAAAGACAACGUGAGAAGGAGAAGAUGAAUAAGAUUGAUGAGUUUGAAGAAGAGUUGAAAUUGGGAAGUAAGAAGUUGAAGAAAACGGGUGGAACGGAAGAAGCUGAGAGGAUAAGACAGAGAAAAAAUGAAAAUACCUUGAGGAAGAUGAUUAAUGGAGAAGUACUCAGUCCACAAAAUACUGGAACGACUAUUGCUAGAGCGUUAAGUCCACAGUUGACCGGAAAUACACCGAAGAUACUUAGUCCGCAAUUGACUGGACCUACCGGACAACAACAACAGCAACAGAGAGCGAUCACUCCCCAACGAACUGGGACGGGAGAUAGUGCAAGUAAGAAGUUAAGUCCGCAGAUGACGGGUGGGAGUAUCAGCCAGGUACUUAGUCCGAACUUGACUGGUGGGAGUGAUAGUAGGAGCAGAAGGGGGAGUGGUCAUGCGAGUGUGGAAGGUGAGCAAAAGUAA